AUGCCUGUGACGACUCGGAACGCUCAUCUGAGGAAUGGCACGACUCCUCAAAAGGUUCGAACAGCAACACCUGAACCGGAAGACGAACCAUCAAAACGAACAUCGCCCUCAAUGGCUUACGCUGGCCGCCCCAAUGCAUACCUCCUGCUGAUAUACCCUGCCAUUCUCGCGAUCGGAACACUGUAUGCUGUGGUAUCGCCAUCAGCACGAAUAAUACAGGAACCACCAAGUGCUGGGAUGACUGUUGACUUUAGUACUGUGGCUGUUACACCGAACUAUUUCGCAGAGAAGAGAAACCUGGUCAACCUGCUGUUUGUCAAAAGAGGAUGGGCAUGGACAACUCUGGCAUUUGUCUUUCUUCAACUUACUACUCGACCUUCACCAACAGCAGUCUCCUCCACUCCUCAUACCACCAAGGAACGUAUGGCCAGCCACUAUUUUCAGGCAGUUCUACGCUUUCUCAUUCUUACUACAGCCUGGGUUUUCACAACUCAGUGGUUCUUUGGACCUGCCCUCAUCGAUCGUUCAUUCACUCUGACGGGCGGGCACUGUGAGGGACUGCCAGCCAAGUUUGAUGAUAACCCUGCGAGGAAAUUGGCCUCGAUCUAUAGCUCGGCCGUAUGCAAGAAGUCCGGGGGCAAUUGGCGGGGUGGCCACGAUGUGUCAGGGCAUACCUUUAUGCUCGUCACAUCCUCUGCAUGUCUACUCUAUGAGUUGUGGAUUGCUGACCGAGCUUCGCAACAUCCAAGCGUCACACCACGAGCUGCUGCCAAUGUCGCACAUGGGCUCUCGGAGCAAGAGAGGAAAUCUGUUGGUGGAUGGGAGAGUGAGGGAGAAGCAAGAGCACGCGUAUAUGCAAGGAAUUUCCUCUACGGUGUGGUUGGACUGGAUUGUCUCAUGCUUAUGACCACUGCGAUAUGGUUCCAUACAUGGCUUGAGAAGGUCAAUGGCAUGCUCGUCGCAGGCAUAGGAUUAUACAUUACCUACUUCCUAGGCGACUAUGUGCCGGCGUGGAGGGAGAUUGUUGGAGGGCUGUAG